AAGAGAUGUAUCCCUUCUAGGCAAAGGGAUAGCAAAGAAGGAAGACUGUUAAAGCGUUGACUAAAUUGUAUCCUUGGGUAUAUGCCAUUGCUCGCUUCAUUUCUUCAGUCAGAUGCACGCUACUAUAUAUAUAUAUAUAUCCUAUCUCCUCCUUAGCCUCUCCAUUCGAUUCGCAACACAGCAACACCUCUCUCUCUCUCUCUCUCUCUCUCUCUCGUUGAAGGUUCAAAAAGCAGGAAACUGUUGGAGCUGGAACAGUAACAGUGAAAGUAGGAAGAUCUAGCUAGUAGCUAGCCAUGGCGAGAAACCAAUUGUCAGUGCUUAACGCUCUUGAUGUGGCCAAGACUCAAUUGUACCAUUUCACGGCAAUUGUAAUUGCCGGAAUGGGAUUCUUCACAGAUGCAUACGAUCUGUUCUGCAUCUCCCUUGUGACAAAGUUACUCGGCCGAAUUUACUACACAAAACCAAAUGCAGAAAAGCCCGGCACAUUGCCUCCUAAUAUAGCUGAUGCCGUUAACGGUGUGGCGCUUUGUGGUACUUUAGCCGGCCAACUCUUCUUCGGCUGGCUUGGCGACAAAUUGGGCCGCAAGAAGGUGUACGGCAUAACCCUCAUUCUCAUGGUGGUCUGCUCCAUUGGCUCAGGGCUCUCGUUUGGAAAAUCAUCAAACGGCGUCAUAGCCACACUCUGUUUCUUUCGAUUCUGGCUCGGCUUCGGCAUUGGCGGAGAUUACCCUCUUUCCGCUACAAUUAUGUCCGAAUACGCAAACAAAAAGACUCGUGGGGCGUUUAUCGCCGCAGUUUUUGCGAUGCAAGGUUUUGGAAUUUUGGGCGGUGGGAUUGUUGCUUUAAUUGUGUCGAGCGCAUUCAGGAACAAAUACGACCCUCCCGCAUACCAGGAUGAUGCAGCACGCUCCCUGCCAUCCCAAGCUGACUACGUUUGGCGCCUAAUUCUCAUGUUCGGAGCUCUCCCCGCCGCCCUCACAUACUACUGGCGGAUGAAAAUGCCCGAGACUGCCCGUUACACUGCCCUGGUGGCGAAGAACGCAAAACAGGCGGCGGCAGACAUGUCUAAGGUGCUGCAUGUGAAUCUUCAAGUUGAAGAGGAUAAAAUCGAAAGAAUUAAUACUCAAGAUUCGUUUGGGUUAUUCUCCAAAAAAUUUGCGAAACGACACGGGCUUCAUUUGGUUGGAACAACUACCACUUGGUUCUUGUUGGACAUUGCCUUCUACAGCCAAAAUUUGUUCCAGAAGGAUAUCUUCACCGGUAUUGGGUGGAUUCCAGCGGCAAAGACAAUGAGCUCGCUUGAGGAGGUUUUCAAGAUUGCAAGGGCGCAGACACUUAUUGCAUUGUGCAGUACCGUGCCCGGGUAUUGGUUUACGGUGGCUUUUAUUGAUUAUUUGGGGCGGUUUACGAUUCAAUUGAUGGGUUUCUUCUUCAUGACGGUGUUCAUGUUUGCGCUUGCUAUCCCGUACAACCACUGGACUAAAAAGCCCCACAGGGUUAGCUUCGUCGUAAUAUACUCCUUGACCUUUUUCUUCGCAAACUUUGGACCCAACGCCACCACAUUUGUUGUGCCGGCGGAAAUUUUUCCUGCGAGGCUGAGGUCCACGUGUCAUGGAAUAUCAGCCGCAGCGGGGAAGGCUGGAGCUAUAAUUGGGGCGUUUGGAUUCUUGUAUGCUGCCCAAAGCCAAGACAAGAGCAAAGUAGAUGACGGGUACCCGACUGGCAUCGGGAUCAAGAAUUCCCUUCUUGUGCUCGGAGGAAUUAACUUCUUGGGAAUGGUGUUCACCUUCUUGGUCCCAGAAUCAAAGGGAAAAUCGUUGGAGGAAUUGACGGGAGAGGAGGACGAUGAAAGUGGUCAGACUGUUGAGCUACCCGCUGGUAGUAAGACAGUUCCAGUGUGAUUAAUGAUCAUUUGGUCAUUUCUUGUUUCUAUUUAAUUAAAAAUGUUAAGAAUAUUAUGUUAUGUUAUGUGAGGGUUAUUUAUUUUUUUAUGUGUUUUAAGUGUACUAUGUUUAUCUUUUCUUAGUCUAUUAGGUUACUUGCUUAUUACUCAUAUCCUCUUUAUAAAUAGAGGUCUCUGUAUUCAUUAUUAUUAUCAAAAUAUCAAUACAAUAUAACUAGUGUGUUUCAACUU